AUGGCAGUUGAACAAGAAAAUAAAGGGAAGAUACAACCUGUCUUGGAUUUUCGCGAGUUGAACCAAUACGUUAAUUCACAAAACGCUUCAAGUGGUGCCUGCGAUGAAACAUUGAGGAGAUGGAGAAAAGUUGGUGACAAAUUUGCACUGCUUGAUCUCAGAUGCGCCUACAUGCAAAUACACAUUGAUCCGGUUUUGUGGAAGUAUCAGAGGGUAGUCUACAAAGAGAUGCAAUACCAUCUUACACGACUCGGAUUUGGGUUAAAUUCUGCACCAAAGAUUAUGUCGUCAAUCUUAGGCAAAGUGCUAAGUCUUGUUGCAGGUAUUGGUGAAGCAACUGACCAUUAUAUCGACGACAUAAUCGUUGAUUUGAAAAAGACAUCGGUUGAAAAUGUCGUAAACCACUUGGAACGGUAUGGUUUGUUAACAAAAGAGCCGGAAGAAUGUGAUGGUGCACGAGUGUUAGGUUUGCAAAUAUUCAGAAACGAUAAAAAAGUGCUCUGUUGGAAACGCGGCAAUAUCAUUUCAAAGUCAGAAGACAUCGAAAAUGAAAAAAUUACACGUCGGAUGAUGUUUUCAAUAUGUGGUCAAUUGAUUGGACACUAUCCAAUUGGAAACUGGCUCAUAAUUGCCUGCAGCUUUACAAAACGUUAUAGCCAAGGAGAUGCUUGUGAUGACCUUAUAGGAGAUCAAGCACAGUCAUGGGUGAUCGAAAUAUUGCGCCAUUUGGAAGCUAGUGAUCCUGUAAAUGGGACAUGGAAUGCUGAUGGUAUUCAAAAUAGAGCAAUAUUGUGGUGUGAUACUAGUAGUAUUGCAAUUGGUGUUGCAAUCGAAUAUAACGGCGUAAUAGUUGAGGAUGCAGCAUGGCUACGAAGUACAAAUGAUAUCAUGCAUAUUAAUAUGGCUGAAUUAGAUGCUGUGGUGCGGGGAAUAAACCUAUCUGUUAAGUGGGACAUCAAGAACCUAUCAAUAUUUAUUGACUCGGUAACUGUUCAUGGAUGGUUAAAAAGUGUGCUGACUGAAAGUCAUAGGGUUCGGUCAAAUGGGCUAUCAGAAAUGCUAAUCAAACGAAGACUUUCAUUAUUGCGUGAAAUAAUAAAGGAAUACAGUAUGAAUAUCAUAGCGAAGUGGGUUCCGUUUUCUAAAAACAAAGCAGAUGUAUUAACAAGAGUUUCAAAAAAGUGGUUAAAUGAAAUUUCACGAAAAAAUGUUAAAGAAUUAUGUGGGGUAAAUAUUGCCGAUGAAAUUCGUAAAUGUCACUCGAAACAUCAUUUUGGCGUUAAUCGAACAAUGUUUACAGUACAACAAAGAAUCCCGCAAGUGUCGAGAAAAGACGUUAAAGACUGUGUGCGCAAAUGUCGUCAAUGUAUUUCAAUUGAUCCAGCACCAAUAAAAUGGGAACAUGGAGUGCUAGAUGUACCAGAUACAUGGUAUCGUAUUGCAUGUGACGUAACUCACUAUAAAGGGUCACCGUACCUAACAAUGAUUGACUGUGGACCAAGUCGAUUCGCAGUAUGGAGAAAGAUGCUACACGAAGAUACAAAGAGUAUAUUAAUUCAAUUGGAUUCCGUAUUUAGGGAGCAUGGCCCGCCACACGAACUAUUGAUGGACAAUGGAGCUGUGUUUAGAUCAAAUGAGUUGUCAAACAUGUGUAAAAAAUGGUGUGUGCAAAAGAUGUAUAGAUGUGCAUAUAGACCAUCAGGAAAUGGUAUCGUGGAGCGUAACCACCGCACAGUAAAACGCGCAUCUGCGAGAGCACAGAUAUGUCCGUUACAAGCGGUAUUUUGGUAUAAUGCAACACCAAUGAUUGGAACGCAAGAAGACUCUACACCUGCUUCUCUAAAAAAUAAGUACGUCUGA